AACGAGGAUUGCCUCACGUGAGACUCGUCAGGAUGGACCCCCUGACCUUGUCCAUGGCCAUCGUCAAGGCGCUCUCAAUAGCCCUCAGGCUGGGUCUGGACCUCAACAGCCUAGUCGGAGACUAUCAAAACGCGCCUCAGUCUCUUAGGGCUGCUACGUUCUUGGUCAAAGAGAUGGGCCUCGUUCUGUCCUCCAUGCAUUCUCUUCUGAACAAUUUGGUUGCUUUACACCCGUCGAGGAAAUCCAUGAUCGAACUGGACCAUCUGGUCGUUGUAGUAACACAGACCACAAUAACGUUUCUCGAUCUCGAAGAAGCAGUGCAUCCAUUCAGACAAACAAAAGCUGGGGGCUCGUGGGAUUGGACGAAGUUGCGAGUCGAGUGGCUGAGGAAGGAGAAAGGUAUCCAAGGCAUCAUGGAUAUGAUGUCACAACAUAAGAGCUCGUUGUCGAUGAUCAUGGAUAUCCUUCAAUGCAAAUCCGACCAAGAGGCGCAACAAUCGCAUCAAAAGCUCAUCUCAAUGAUGCAGGCCGUGCUCGACCAGAAUGAAGACAUGCGCGAUCGUCUUGCAAGGCUCGAAGCCAAUGGGCUCAUCAAACCAGCGUCCAUUAGGUUCUUUGAACGUAACGAGGACGACGACGAUGACAACGUAACAAUCAGGCCGGGACCCAGCAAUUGGCAACGUGCGGGAGAAAUUGCGGCAAUCACUCGCCCGAUCAGCAUUUUUGAGAACGUUCCAGCUGAAUUCGAGCUCAUCCUCGGAGACUCGAGAGUUUAUCGACGUGUGGAAAUGAAUGCCUGCGACAUGUCCUUCCGAUCAUCACUUGCUCUGACUCAUGCCUGGAGUAUAUUUUCCGGGCUAAGUCUGAGUGAAAUAUCAGCCAUAUCUGUUAUCUCGCUACCGCUACGGGAAAGUGAGCUUCAGCGACUUCACGAGAUUCCAGACGGUACUGAAAGCGCAGAGAUGUACAGCAGUUUUACAGACGAUGUCAACAGUCGGAUUGACACCAACCUGUCAUAUCUCACAGUUCUCACCCCAGAAUUUUCCGACAAGCCGCUUUGGUCCAUUUCCAGUCUAUUACAUCCCAACACCCCACCUGUAACCUUGACGCCACCUCUAGCAUCGAAGUCUGAGUCUACGAUCGCACCAGACCUCCCUGUCGAUAGUCUUGAUCAACCGCCAGCUACAGGCGACGAACCGGCCCAGGCUGCCUUGAUCAGCGACUCUCUGCACUCGUCGGGAACAAAGAGCACCGCGCCACAUGUGAAAAGGGAGGCUGUGCCACCGUCUCAAGAUCAGAUCAUCGAGAGAUUGCGCACCAAGAUUGCCGACGCCCGACAAAAGACCGAACAUAUCGCAUCCAGCAGCAAAGGGACGAACAAUGUCUUCAGGCUGAACCUGACCAUCGACCUCGGCCAUUUGAAUAUGACCACUGUGCCCGAAGCGGUCGUGGAGUUGAUCAAGGAAAACGUGAAACGACUUUCGUUAUCGAACAACGGUAUACGGGACAUCCCAGCGCGAAUCUCCGAGUGCUCCCAUCUGCGAUAUCUCAACCUCAGAAAAAAUAUAUUGCGCGAAAUCCCCCAGGCUGUAUAUCUAAUGCCGUUCCUGGAGAUCUUGGACGUCAGCCGCAACAACAUAGGGACAAUCUCGCCCCAAAUUGCAAGACUAACCUCGAUGCGUAUCCUCGCCAUGGAGGGUAACCAGGUGAUCAAUCUGCCAACUGAAUUAUGCGACAUGACCAGGCUCGCCAUCCUGAAGGUGGCCGGAAACCCUCUGGAGCUCAACUUGCGCAGAGCGAUUCAGGCCACGGAGCUCGAGUGUACUCGCUCUGAGAGGACCGAGAAUGAGGCAGGAAUCCUCGUCACAGCGCAAAUCAAGCGAUUUCUGCGCGCUCUACGAGAAUGGGGUUAUGAGGCUGUUUAUCUGCCUCAUCCGUUCACGUAACUGAUAGCUUGGCAGGGAACGCCUGUCAAGUCUGGAGAGAAAAGACGAUGCGGUAUUCGAGACCAAACGGAUUCAGAGAAGAAUUCCCCAACAGUUAAGCUGUCUUUUCUCUAUCACACUCACGGGAUAGUUGGAGGGUUAAAGUUUCCCCCACGAAGUUGUGCUCAGCUUGCCAAUGACUUUGAAUGAUUUUCACUUUUCUGGAAUUGACGACGCAAGAUCUAGCCCGAGACUGCUCGAUACGAUACUGACUUCCCUCGCCAUCACGCCUUCUGGGUCCCUCGUUCGACGGUACCGUCUUCCACUGCUUCGUCUCGCCGUCCAGGCACUCCCUCUCCGCGUCCUCCCACUCCCUCCUCACCAUCUCAGCCCGGGCCUGGGACCGCGGAGUGAUCUGGCACGGAAACUCCACCGGCAUGCAGACAAAUCCCUGGGUCAGUUCGUCUGGAUCUGGCACGAUCGGACGUCCCCGGUCAUCCGUCGUCGGCUCAAAGCGGAACGCCCAAAGCAUGCGCGACAUGCCCAGGAAGAGGCUGCGCUCGGCAACGUGGAUCCCCUGACAGAUACGGCGGCCUGCGCCAAAGGUGAAGUUGUCGCGCUUCGAAGCAUCCGGGCUCGCUGCCGAGUCAUACAGGCCAUGGUGGUCGUCCUGGUACCGGUCAGGGUUGAAGCGCCGCGGGUCCGGAUGGCGUUGCGGGUCCAUAUUGACUCCCCACACAUUGUUCAUCACUCCGGCUCCUUUGGGGAUCAGGUAGCCCA